GCCUUGUAAAAGAGUGGAGAACCGGGCAACAUGUAAUAUGAGCAUGUAGAAAGUGUACAUACAGCGAAGACAAGAUGGACCCCUUGCGUAUGUCACAAGCAGCUCAGUCAUGGCUCACAUCUACCUGGCACAUCCAGGUGCCCUUGCCCUGGCUGGAGGCCUGUGUGCAGUGGAUCCAGGAUGAAAACAGAAGUACUCAUAUGACACAGGUCCAAGUGAACCAGCAGGUCUUUGAGCAGUGGCUGCUCUGUGACCUCCGCGAUCUUUCCCACCCUGUCUUGCCUCCCGGCGCCUCGGAGGCUUUGAAGACAGAGGUGAGUGGUUUUUAUUGCCUUCAGAUGGAUUCUGUGGUGGACAUCAGCCAGCCAGCCUACAGCCAGCUUCAGCAAUGGAGGAGGAAAGAUUGCUCCAAUGACAGUGUGUCAGCUGUCACACAGGCCACCCAGAGGCCCUGGGAAGUUAAGCCAAUGCGCAUGCUCAUGCUGCAGCUGACUGAUGGAGUGCACAACCUGGAAGGAAUGGAAUAUAAACCGAUCCCAGCCUUAAACACCAGCCUCAGACCUGGCACCAAGAUCCUCCUCCAAGGGACCGUGCCGUGUCGGCUGGGGGUGCUACUGCUCAAGCCAGAGAAUAUUAAGGUACUUGGAGGGGAGGUAGAGAAUUUAGUAGAGCGGAAUUCACAAGGUAAGGUCCUCUGCCGUUUACUUGGCCUACCUGAAGACAUCACUGAAGAAAGUGCAGAACAGCCAGUUGAGUCUCAGGAGAGUGAUGAGGACCUCACCGAUGAGAUUCUACUUGCCAGCUUAGAAGUAGAUGACCAGGUCAUUGUGAGUGUGGAAGCAAGUGCCGAUAGUGGAUAUGUUAGCAGGAGAGAGCCUGACAGUGGUUCUCGCCAAGACCCUUCCAUCCAAAACAAUGGCUCGCACCUCGAAGCCUUUACUGAUAGCCCACAGGUGGUGGAAAUUGUGGAUGAAGACUUUGAUGAUAUUCCUUUUGAGGAGCUGGAAAGUGAGCCUCUUGUUAAUCCCAGCUUUUCAGCAAAUGCAGAGCUGUCUUAUGUCAGCCUUAGCUCCAGCACAGCAUUGUCAAAAUCCAGUUCCAGCAAUGGCAUGGAUCAAGGUUACAAUUUAACCAAAAAUGAUCCAAAAAUCUACAGCAGAGGAGCUGUGCCACUGAUGUCCCCUGGAAGUGCUAAAACUGGCAGAGGCUGGCGACAUCACGUAGCUGCCUCAGAUGAUGUACGUGUAGUCUCAGAGGAGGAAAUGGACUCUGCGGAAUCUGGAACAGCCAACAACAGCUCAGCCUCUGUGAAUGCAUCUAUCACAGUAGAUACGACAUGUCAGCUUCCUGGAACUGGUUCUAGUGAAGUUGUGACAGACUGCGUACCUUGCAGCAAUAUGACGGCCAAGGACUGUGACUUGCGUCCUUUCACUUACCUUUCUGUAUUGCGAGCAGAAAAAACCUCUGCCGUUAGACUGGUGAGAGUGAAAGCGUUCAUAGUUACUCUUCUUGGAAGCCUCUUGAGUAAUACUGGAAACUGGCAGGUGAAGGUCACCAUUUCUGAUGGCUCUGAUUAUCUGGAUGCUGAUCUGUCUGACAGUGUACUUGUUGGCCUUAUUGGCUUUUCAGUCUCAGAAUCAAAAGCUCUGAAGAAAGACCCAGAACAGCGCAAAAAGGUCGCUGUAGGGCUUCAGAAUUGCCAGAAGAAACUAGUGGACAUGUGCUGCCUCAUGACAAUUGAGUACGAUUCUGUCAGCUCAAAGGCGGUUGUCCUCAGUGCAGAAGAGGUCUCUGUGCAGGACUACAGGGACUUGGAGAACCGAGUCAAAAGCAGGCUGCGGUGCUAA